AUGCUUGUCUCCAGUGAAGUUGCUAAGCGCCAUGCACGCAGAAUCAUCAUGAUGCAUGCGCAACACCCCUCUAUUUCGUAUCGCCAACCGGCAGUACCUGACCAGUCCGAUGAACCUGGCUCUCCCACCGAUAUUCCUGUUGCGUUUUCCGCCGCCCUCUGCUUCACGGGUCAUUGUGAUUUCGAGAACCGAUUAAACAAAUUCCCCGAGAGAAUAUUAAAUGCACGAAACUACGAGUCAAUGUCCGACGAGUCUGAGUCUAACCUCGCUUAUCAAGAACGCGCUGUCAAGAAGCCCACAAAGCAUAAUGCUCAGAGGCCCCUUCACCACGUCGUGAAAGUACUCAAACCAAUUGCGCACAAGCCCGUCAAACUCCUCAAACCUUACAGCCACAAACCCACCCAGAGAAUAGUGCCGAUGCACCCCACUUUCCCGGCUCCGAUAAAAACACUUAUUGCUACUCCUACCAAGCAACCUAUGGCAAUUUCGGGCAAACCGGCACAAGUCCCUACCAAGCUUCCCGCCCACAUCGACCCUGCUUCUGUAACACCCAAGGCGACCGCAGCUGUCGAUGAGUCUCAUAUCAAGCCAGUCGCCGCCCUUCCCGUCAGAUCAUCGGCUCAAGAUUCUCCCGUUCCUCAGCCCCCGCAUAUUGCUGCCCCUCCGGUGCAUGCCUCUACGAAGACCCCUCCUGCACCGGCCACCUCAGCGCAUGUUGUGAAAAUUGGUGAAAAACACAUUUUGAAUCAUCAUUCUGACAAGCCUCCAGCCAGCCCGCAGCAAAAAUUGAAAAGCGCUUCAAUCGCAGGGGCAGCUGCUGUACUGCCAAACCUGAAGAAGAUUGAAUCAUCCCCAGCCAAAGCUUCAACACCUUCUGCGGCCAUCAUACCCCCUAACCAAGCUCCUCAAUCGGAAACAACCCCACUACCGGUUGUUGAAGCUGAAGUGCCUCAAUUUUCUCCGCAGUCAGAGACCCCGGAAACCCAACCCAUCGCUACUUCCGAGGCUCAAGACUUAACCGGCUUACCAGCUAACUCACCCCCGUCGCAGGACUCCUCAUCUCCAAAUCCCUUGUCUUCUUCAAUAGCCGCUGAUGCGCCACAAGACUCUGAUCAGGGUGUCAAUUCUGCCUCUUCUUUUAUCUCUGAUGGCAAUGCCACAAUUGACCCGGCUACCACCGCACUGAACAUUCAGAGCGUCAACCCCUCUACUCCUGAGCAAUCUAUCCCUAUCAUUAACGGCACUCAAGACCCGGUCACCAGUGCCACCCCGCUCAACAACAGCAUGCUCAACAAUGAUACCAUGUUCAAUAACACCGCAAUGGUCAACAACUUGCAUGGCUUCAAACUAGGCGACACACCACCCAAUGUAUUUGCCGCUGGGCCUUCGAGCCAUACAAGCGCAGCUGUGGGAGGUGUUUUUGGCUCAUUGGCUUUGAUUGCCUUGGUAUUCGGUUUUUUUGUUUUGGCUCACCGCCGCCGGACUCAAAAGCCUGAAAGUGAUUUUGGGACCUACACGGACGCUCCAUCGAAUGGCUCAGCCCCUGAAAUGGCCCAGGUACACUCGGGGACUAGUUUGGGAGGUCUCCCUGGCACCCUCGAUUCCACAAUGUCUCCAGUCGACCCGGUCACCCGGUUUUCGUUAGGUGGCGCUACCCUGCUCAAACGCCUCGAAGGUCUGACAGAGGCUUUUAACACCUCCGACAACCUAGCUUCUCCUACUGAAAGCUCGAGUGACAACGAGCCCGACGAGAUGGUUUUGACUCCCACUGACGACGAAUUCAAUACCAACCCUCUCUCUAUUGGUCAACCAAAGACCGACUCGGUCGGUAACCCAAUGACUCUCGCUGGGCCAGCAAUGCUUUCUCCAUCGGGAUCAGAGAGUGAAGGUUCGCGACGUUUGCUUAUGCGAUCAGACAGCGCAGACACUGUGGACAACUUGAAUCGGGAAAGUGGAGGCACCACUACCAGCUAUGGUGGAGGCGUUAGCAGUGGCUACCAAGAAACCGUGAAGUUCGAAGAUAGUAGUGAUGACGGAAAUGGGGAUGCCGCCAAAACCGGCAUCGAACAACCCUGGUGGGGCGCUGAGCAUAAUCAAGGCAAUUGA